AGAUGGGGUUUCACCAUGUUGGCCAGGCUGGUCUCAAAUUCCUGACCUCGUGAUCCGCCCGCCUCGGCUUCCCAAAGUGCUGGGAUUGCUGGGAUUACAGGCGUGAGCCACCGUGCCCCGCCUUUUUUUUUUUUUUUUUUUUUUUUUUGAGACAGAGUCUCCCUCUGUCCGCCAGGCUGGAGUGCAGUGGCGCGAUCUCAGCUCACUGCAAGAUCCGCCUCACUCACGGUUCACGCCGUUGUCCUGCUUCGGCCUCCGGAGUAGCUGGGACUACAGGCGUCCGCCACCACGCCCGGCUAAUUUUUUGUAUUUUUAGUAGAGACGUGGUUUCACCGUGUUAGCCAGGACGGUCUCGAUCUCCCGACCUCGUGAUCCGCCCGCGUCGGCCUCCCAAAGUGCUGGGAUUACAGGCGUGAGCCACUGCGCCCGGCCGGCUUUUUUUUUUUUUUUUUUUGAGACUGAUUUUCGCUCUUGUUGCCCAGGCUGGAGUGCAAUGGCACGAUCUCGGCUCACUGCAACCUCCGUCUCCCGGGUUCAAGUGAUUCUCCAGCCUCAGCCUCCCUACUAGCUGGAAUUACAGGCGCAGAGAUGGGGGUUUCACCAUGCUGGCCAGGCUGGUCUCGAACUGCUGACCUCAGGCGAUCUACCCGCCUCGGCCUCCCAAAGUGCUAAGAUUACAGGAGUGAGCCACCGCACCCAGCCGAGCCGCGCAUCUUAAAAACACACAGACACACAAAAGCUCUAGAGAGCCUCGCGGAGCUGUAAACUACAGCUCCCAAGAGACUUCGCGGCCGAGGCCUCCGCCCACUUCCGGAUCUCACUUUCAUGGCUUCCAAGUACCGGGCGGUGCUUUGCUUCUUCAACCGAACUUGACCACAAUGGGAGGAGGCGUGGCAACCAAUGGGCGCAUGAGUUAGCUGGAUGCGGCCAAUGGAAGCGUGCAAAGCUCUCAUAUGUGGGGUGGGGCUAGACUGCACACCAAUGACAGGGAGGUGGUGGCGCCAUCAGUGUGGGCUGUGCCGUGGCUGGAAGUUACUGUGAGGCGGCGGCUAAGAAGGCGGCUCUGGUGGCGGCGGUGGAGGCUGAGGCGGCGGCCGAGGCGGCGACGGAGGAAACAGAAGAUGGCAGAUUUUUUGAAAGGACUGCCUGUCUACAACAAAAGCAAUUUUAGUCGAUUUCACGCGGACUCCGUGUGCAAAGCCUCGAACCGACGGCCCUCAGUCUACCUGCCCACCCGCGAGUACCCGUCUGAACAGAUCAUCGUGACAGAAAAGACAAACAUCCUCCUGCGCUACCUGCAUCAGCAAUGGGACAAAAAGAACGCUGCCAAGAAGAGAGACCAGGAGCAAGUGGAGCUGGAAGGCGAGAGCUCCGCACCUCCCCGCAAGGUGGCGCGGACCGACAGCCCAGACAUGCACGAGGACACUUAAGACUCUCAACUCCACAGGCGCCUCCUGCCAGGUCUGCUCCUUGGUCGCCCACCCGCCUGCCCGCCAUGUGUAAGCACCCCGCCCGCCCGCCUCCCUGCCGGCCCAUCCACACCCUGCGUCCACACCACUUCCAACCUCAUAGGAGCCGAUGUAUUUAUUUUCCUUGAGUUUUUAUUUAUGCUGUAACCUGUAUCAAGCGUUGGUUAAAGGGGACAUCAGACCCAGUAGUGUGAUGUUGGUAGAUGCUUUUUAAAAAAAACAACAUUGUCCCCCUGACCCCCGCCUUCCAUCGGGCCAGUUCCCCGAUUCCUGCCCCCAGUUCUCCAGAGAACCAGAGUGUGUCUGUGAGAGUCUCUAGCGGGGGCUUUACUGUGGCCGGGCGACAGGGGCGGGCCCGGGGUGGCCUGACCCACCAGGACAGCCGAGUGGCCUUCUCCCCCCCAACACCGGUCCAGGCCAUUGAGACUCGGUCUUGUCCCACGCUUCGCCCGGAACUCUCCCAUGCCCAGACCUCACUCAGCGUGCGCGCACGUUGGGGAGAAGUCGGCCCUUGGGAUCUUUCUCUUGAGUCAUUUUAUUUUUAUCAUGGACUAGUGCGUGCUCCGUGUCCACCCCAAUAAAAGGGUCUUUCCUACUUGA